AAAACCCCACCCCCUCCGAGCUCAGAUUGGCUGCCGCUCUGGCAUUCCAGGCUCGUGUUGUUCCCAGACGUCACAUAUAAAUAACGCCGAUGUGAGACCGACGAGGUUAGCGGCUACUUUCUCUUCGCUCGUCGUCGCACUUCCACCGCCAGAUACAGACGGAAAUGGGAAAUCCCGUUCUUCCGGUCCUGUUCGGACUCUUCCUGGCUUUGGCCAACUCCUUCCCCACCCAGGAACGGGAAGAGGGGAAAAACUGGGUGGUGAUCGUGGCCGGUUCUGCUUCCUGGUACAACUACAGACAUCAGGCCGACGCGUGCCACGCCUACCAGAUCGUCCACAAGAACGGCAUCCCGGAUGAGCAGAUUGUGGUCAUGAUGAUGGACGACCUGGCAGACGCUGAUGAGAACCCCACCCCCGGCAUCCUGAUCAACAGGCCCAACGGUACCGACGUGUACAAGGGCGUGGUCAAGGACUACACUGCUGAAGCAGUGACUCCAGCCAACUUCCUGGCAGUGCUGCGGGGCGACGCCUCCAAAGUCAAAGGUGGUUCGGGCAAAGUGCUGAGGAGCGGCCCCAACGAUCACAUCUUUGUUUACUUCACUGAUCACGGCGCCCCUGGAAUUCUGGCUUUCCCCAUUGGAGAGCUGCACGUCAAAGACCUCCAGGAGACCCUCAAGUACAUGCACGACAAUAACAAGUACAAGAAGAUGGUGCUGUACAUUGAAGCAUGCGAGUCUGGAUCCAUGAUGAAGCACCUGCCUGAUGACAUUGAUGUUUACGCCACCACGGCCGCCAAUGCCCACGAGUCGUCGUACGCCUGCUACUACGACUCGGAGCGCGACACCUACCUGGGAGACUGGUACAGCGUCAACUGGAUGGAAGACUCCGACCAGGAGGACCCGUCCAAGGAAACUCUGCUCAGACAGUUCAAGGUCGUCAGGAGCCACACCAACACCAGCCACGUGCAGCAGUUUGGAAACAAAACUCUGGCCCACAUGAAGGUGGCGGCCUUUCAGGGCAGCCUCAAGACCGGCAAACCGCCCGGCGUCCCCCUGCCGCCCGUGGCCGACCUGGACCUGACACCGAGCCCCGACGUCCCUCUGGCCAUCCUCAAGAGGAAGCUGAUGGCCUCCAACGACAUCAGAGAGGCCAGGGGGCUGCUGGCGGAAAUAGAUGCUCACUUGAAGAUCAGGGAGAUUCUGGCCGCCACCAUGCGUCAGAUCGCUGUGGUGGUGACGGGCGACAGGGCGGAGGCGGAGGAGGUGGUGAAUGAGAGGCGGGAUCUGUCUGAGCAUGGGUGCUACCGGGCCGCCGUGGACCACUACAAGCACACCUGCUUCAACUGGAACAAAGCUGAGUACGAAUACGCUUUGCGACAUCUCUACGCCCUCCUCAACCUGUGCCAGAGAGGAUACACCGCUGACCGCAUCCAGAUGGCCAUGGACUCUGUGUGUCACUUCAGCAAGUAAGAAAAGAAAAGCCCAAAGCAUGAAAGCGGUGUGACGCUGGGAUACGGCCUGAACGCACUAUUAACAUUUGGACUUUUUGUCUUGUGAUGUCUUUUGAUUCUGCAGAGAUUCUGUGUUUUUAAGACUUUUAAGAUGAGUUGCACUUUUGAGUGGAAAGGGUCAGUGAAUGACGUUUUAAUGAUUGUCUACUUUUUAAGAGGAAUAUAUCUUUUGUUUUUUUAUGACUGUGAUUUGCUGUCAGCUUUAUGUGUGUGAUGACCGCCCUGACGUGAAUGUUUGCUUGUAAAAGUCACACAACAAAUACACUCACUGUUUACUGAAGCUCAUAAAGGCUCUUUCAAUCAAAUCUGACACACCAAA